UAGCUUUCCACCUAUCACGACAACUAUCAUACAAAGCCCCCUUAUUCCCCCUUCACCUGUGGAUCGUAAUUUCUCGUCGGACGGUUCCCGUCAAUUUUAAAAACGCCGACGUCAAUUACCCCGUCACAGAAGAGAAAUCCCACAAAAUUUCUGUAUUUUCGGAAGCGGCGUCUGAGAAACGGCGAUGAGUGCAGAGGAGGAACUUGAGAAGAGUGAAGCUCCACGGAGGCGGUUGUCCUGUACGCCUUGCUUCGACGCUCUCUGGUUUUGCUACUCACCGGUUCAUCAGUUGCAGCAAUAUUAUCGGGUUGGAGCUCUGGACAAUUGUUCAGGGAAGUGGAGUAAGCUCGUUGACUGCUUGAGUUUGAAAACAAAGAGUUCGGCUGAUUUGCAGGAAAUUUUGGAAACACGUGAAAAAGAAAAGCACCACAUUUGGUCUUUUAGGACACCAGAAGAAGCAGCUGCUAAAUGGCAACAAUGGUACGGACAUUUAGAUGAACCAGAGUAACUACUUCCUACUCUCUGCUAUUUUGCAAUUCACCUCCUCAAUUACUAGUUCGUUCCAGUGAUUUAACGACAGUGCCAUAUCAAGGUGGAGACUGCGUCCAUUUACAAGUUCAUUCUUCAUUAUUUCCCCUAAACAUUGCAAAAUUUCCUAUAUACUUGGUAUGAAUUACUCCGUAGGAUUGAAUUGUUUACUACUAACAAAGCUAUUGAACUGGAGGGUGUUAUACUUCAGAAUCAGAGAGUGUUACUUAGACAUGUGAGGUAAUCAAAGCAUAGUUUAUUGAAUAAGAGGAAAUCUUGUGAUUUGUUGCUGAUAAUUUGUUUUGCUAUGCCAAGGUCGCAAGUAUUGCGUUUCAGAACCUUCCUCCUUUUAUCUUCAUUGUAGUUAUACAUGUAAGUUUGGAAAUGUGAAUGUAUUGGAUGGUAAAUUCAAUGAAAAUGGUUCAAUUUUGUAGAGUAA